AGCCAGGGAUGGCCUGAAGCCUGGGGCCCAGGCUGCCAGUUCUGUGGACUGGAGUGAGAACUUAUGGUGCUUUUUCCAGGUUGCCCAUGGCUUCCCAAUGGGCCAAUCAGCAUGUACUUCCUCCCCUCUGAAGCCCAUGAAAACCCUGGACUCAGCCAGACUUGACAGGAUGGCUGACUGCUGAUAGGAGCUUCCCACUCCAGCUCUCCUCUCCACUGAGGGCUGCGGAGACAAAAGGAUGACCUGCCUUCAGAUAGGAGCUAUCCACUUUUGGUCCCCUCUCCGCUGAGGACUGCACAGAUGCUGGGACGACCUGCUGUGGAAAGCAGCCUACCCACUUGGGGUCUCCUGAGAACUACUGUGUUGCUCAACAAAGCACCUCUUCACCUUGCUUAUCCUCCAGUUGUCCAUGUACCUCAUUCUUCCUGGACAUGGGACUAGAACUCGGGAUCCACCAAAUGGCAGGACUGAAAGAGCUGUAACAAACAGAGCUGAAACAUGUCCCCAGCUCCCCCCACCCACCACUUGCCACGUUGUGAGCAAGAGAAAGAGACAAGAGAGGAGAGAGAGAAGAGAAGAGCUGCAGCCCUUUGGGAAGCCCAGACCUAGGAGCUCCCUGAGCCUGGGCUGUGACCCCCUCUUUGGAGCUCUGUGGUUCCUGGCAUCUCCAAGCUUCUGGGCACCACCAUGUUCCCCAGUGCCUGCAUUGGAAGCUGCUUGUGUUAAAAGAAGAUGGAUGCACAGUGUUCAGCCAAGGUCAAUGCAAGGAAGAGGAGGAAAGAGGCGCCUGGACCCAACGGGGCAACAGAGGAAGAUGGGGUUCCUUUUAAAGUGCAGCGCUGUGCAGUGGGCUUACGGAAACCAGCUCCUUUUUCUGAUGAAAUUGAAGUUGACUUUAGUAAGCCCUAUGUCAGGGUAACUAUGGAGGAAGCCAGCAGAGGAACUCCUUGUGAGCGACCUGUGAGAGUUUAUGCCGAUGGAAUAUUUGACUUAUUUCACUCUGGUCAUGCCCGAGCUCUGAUGCAAGCAAAGAACCUUUUCCCUAAUACGUACCUCAUUGUGGGAGUUUAUGAUGUGGUGAACUCAGUUUGCAGCGAUGAGCUCACACACAACUUCAAAGGCUUCACGGUGAUGAAUGAGAACGAGCGCUAUGACGCAGUCCAGCACUGCCGUUAUGUGGAUGAGGUGGUGAGGAAUGCGCCCUGGACCCUGACACCUGAGUUCCUGGCCGAACACCGGAUUGAUUUUGUAGCCCAUGAUGAUAUCCCUUAUUCAUCUGCUGGAAGUGAUGAUGUUUAUAAGCACAUCAAGGAGGCAGGCAUGUUUGCUCCAACACAGAGGACAGAAGGUAUCUCCACGUCAGACAUCAUCACCCGAAUUGUGCGGGACUAUGAUGUGUAUGCGAGGCGGAACCUGCAGAGGGGCUACACGGCAAAGGAGCUCAAUGUCAGCUUCAUCAACGAGAAGAAAUACCACUUGCAGGAGAGGGUUGACAAAGUAAAGAAGAAAGUGAAAGACGUGGAGGAAAAGUCCAAAGAAUUUGUUCAGAAGGUGGAGGAAAAAAGCAUUGACCUCAUUCAGAAGUGGGAGGAGAAGUCCCGAGAAUUCAUUGGAAGUUUUCUGGAAAUGUUUGGUCCGGAAGGAGCGCUGACUGUGACCCCAACACUAAACCUAAGGACAGCUACAAAGGAAAGACAACUGGGGCAAGAGGACCCUGGACUGGGGGAACCAGAACAGCCUGUCCUCCAAGUGACGUCACUCGCCCACACGAAGGAGGGGCUGCACCUUAGAAGCCUGCUCUGCACCCAUUUACCCUCCCCGAGGGCUUUGUUUCACUGUUUGUGUUCACGUGAUCUCAACAGGGAAAUCGUCAUUUUUAUUACGUUUUUUUAAAAUUAGUCUUUCAAAUGUAGAACUAAUGUUUUGCCCGAGGAGUGGGCAGAAGAAGGAGGUAGUGUAAUACGCAGAGGCCUUUUCUUCCCAGUACACUAUAGCAUUUGCCUUCCGUUCUGAAGCGAAGUGGCUUGCCAAGUCCUUCACGAAAUGAGCCAUGCUGAUGGGUCAUCUGUGGAGAAAUAUCUUAAUUUUGAUUUCCUUAAGGAAAAGCUAACGGCCAAGUUACAGUCACAAAUCCCCUCAACGUACUGCUGUCACCAGUGUCAUUGUGGCUGUAGGAAGGAGAUCUGAGCCUAACUUGUCUCACUCCCUGAGGAGUUUCUUACUGGACCCAAUGGGGGCCAUGAAGACACUGACGGGGACGGAAGCAUGGCAUCAGCUGCAGUGUUUCUGCUGUGUUCAUCUUCUCAGAAAUUCUGUGACCCGGUUCUCUGGGAGCCUUUGUGAGUCUCUUUCCUGCCAUCUACCGUCAAAGGAAGGAACGCUUUUCGGGUUACGAGGAUGAGGAGAGGAGCGGGACAAUACUCAAUCCCAUGCCAAGUCAGUUGAGAUUCGUUUCCUACUGGGAGGAGUGCCUGGCCCUGCUACUCCUAUUUGAAUGUUAUUAAUGUUACCUAGCCUUUUACAGAGGAUACUUUGUAAAUGUCUGCCGUUGGAACUUGAUGUCAAUCCCUUUUGGUCAUAGCCAUAUUGAAUAGAGAGAUUUGCACAGAAUGUAGAAGCAAAAACAUAGGAAACACCUUCCUUUCUGAAGCAACAGCCUCAUCAUCUUGACCUCUGUCCCUCUUAAGAACAUUCUUCACUGGAACCAGAGCUCCACAGAGUCUUUCUUUUCCUCGGAGAGCCGCGGCUGGCAGGGACCUCCCUCCACCGCCCUCCAGCAAGCCACAGAGCAUGCCCUCACGGGACAAGACGUGGUAGGUUUUCUCCUUUUCUCCCCACUUCUCACACGCCUGGUGGUUGUGGUGCCAUCUCCAUGUUAGCUUGCCUGGGGGGAUUCAACAUUCCAAUCGAAGGAUGCUAACACCUAACACCUGCGCUCAUGCCUAACACCUGCCCUCACGCCUAACACCUGCCCUCACGCCUAACACCUGCCCUCACGCCUAACACCUGCGCUCACGCCUAACACCUGCGCUCACGCCCAACACCUAACACCUGUGCUCACGCCUAACACCUGCGCUCACGCCUAACACCUGCCCCAACGCCCAACACCUGCCCCAACGCCCAACACCUGCCCCAACGCCUAACACCUGCCCUCACGCCCAACACCUGCCCUCACGCCCAACACCUGCUGUUGAGCAUGAUCUAACUUUCAAAGCCCUGGCCGCCUGUCUCCUUAGCUACUUAGCUACAUGGCCUAGCAGAUCAUCAGCCAUCAGUAAUCCUGUGGCUAGAUUCAGGGGAAAAUGGCUUCUGUCCAGGCCCCACCCCCUGUCACUCAUACAUACCCCUUGUGGGGGUGGAGUUUUAGUGUUUUCAGCUAAGAAAACCACAUUUUCUUUUUUCUUGCCUCUCCGCUAGGACUGUGAGCAUCUCAUAGUCCACCCCUUAAACACUUUCUGGUAACACCUGUUCUUCCACCUGAGGGUCGGAGGCUGGAAUCAUUGCCUGCACAGCAGGACUAUCUAGGUUCUUAAAACUUGGAUCGCCCAGGCCAGGCGCGGUGGCUCACGCCUGUCAUCCCAGCAGUUUGGGAGGCUGAGGCUGGUGGAUCACUUGAGGCCAAGAGGUUGAGACCAGCCUGACCAACAUGGUGAAACCCCGUCUCUACUAAAAAUACAAAAAUUAGCCAGGCGUGGUAGUGCGCACCUGUAAUCCCAGCUACUUGGAAGGCUGAGGCAGGAGAAUCCCUUGAACGGAGGCGGAGGUUGCAGUGAGCCGAGAUGGUGCCACUGCACUCCAGCCUGUGUAACAGAGCGAGACUCUGUCUCCAAAACAAAACAAAACAAAACCACACACACAGAAAUAAAAAGAAAUAAUAAAAAUAAAUAAAUAAAAAUACUUGGAUCACCCAGAAAGUUAGAGCGUCACAGAGGAGAGGGAGAAUGAAGCCGCUUGUUAUCCUGAUCGCCUAUGAAAAUGACAUUUCUAACUCUUCUCUUGAAGCGCAGUUCUUACUGUCAAAACUGGUCAUACAGGCUUUGGCCUGGAGUCCUGUCUUUGAAACAGUUGAAGUUAGUGUUUUCCCGUGUUCCCCAGCGUUAUAUAGUCUCAUCUUAUCUGCGCCAGCCUUCGCGCUCUGGGAAUUCUGCCCGCUUCCGUCUGACUGACUCUCCCUGGGGUGGAGGGGCCUCUGCUGAAGCCCAUCGACGUGGUUCCUCCGAGUGCACAUUACGCAAGUGUGUUUGGAUAGACAGGGAGAUGCCCAGAACGUGGUUUUCCUCCCUCCCCACGGGAGCCACACCUCCUACAUACAUAGUCUGGGUCCCAGAUGUGUGGCCCUUUUCCUCUGCUCUCGGUGGGCUGCUUUUGGCAUGCCCUGUGCUUGGGACGGACCUGCAGGCUGACAGACCUCUGAGACUGCUAGGGCCAGCAAACGUACAUGUUCUUGGGAAACUCCCUUUCCCCUUUUGGUGAGUUUCUACCACCUCAGUCUAAUCGUUUCUUCUGAAGCUGUUUGUUUGAAGCUGAAGUCUUUUAUGGUGUGGCAUAUUAGAUGCUUUGGGGUAAAUGUGGUCUUAGGUGCUGGACAAGCAUGGGUAGACAGAGGAAGCUGUUGGAAUGUUGCGUAAUUUGGUCAUCUGUGCCUAAUUAAAUGAGGUUAGAGGUGUGUACACCACAACAAUGCCUGGGAUCUAAAUCUUCAGAUAUUAAUGUUUGAGGCUAUGGAGCCGUUUCCCUGAUUCCCGUACAAGAAAGCAGCCAACAUGGAUGGGCCAAGUGUGGCCAAGAUGACGGAGCCAGAAAUGCUGGCCUUAGAGUAGAGCCUCUGUGUGUGAGACGUAAGAAGGCCAGAGCCCUGCAACCAGAGCUGAGGAGGUGCCAGCGCAGCCACUGCCUUUCAGGGGCCUGGACAGAAAGCUUGCUCUUAUGCUAGACUCAGAAGCACUGAAGAAUGGAGGUUGAAACUUUAGAGGACUAGAAAGGGAUCAUUUGUGCUGUUGCAGCUAUUGCUGAUCGCUAGAGCCAAAGACCAUUAUUUUGCUGAGGCUUGGGUGAGAAAGGGAUGUGAGGAGGUUGAAAAUCCUGAAGAAGAGAAAAAACAUGAGGGAGGCUGAGAAAACUUUUGACACUUUCUGAUCGCUGGUAACUCCUUAGGCUGCACCUGAGUAAUGGUGGUUUUUUUGGAGGCUGCACAGCUGGUCAGACCAUCUCUAGAUGUUCUUUCCACAGUGGUUCACAGGGCGUCGUUCUCCCUUCCUGGAUUAUCUUGACUAUGGGUAGCUAUUUUCAAGAGCUCUUUGCCUUUUUAAUCCUGCUCCAGAUCACUUAUCCAAAAUCUUUCCAAAUCAAUUAUAUUUUGCUGCUUUUCUUUAAUUCCCUAAAAGCCAUAGCUUCUAGAUUUUCUAUCAGCACACAGUCUCACCAGAAGUUGAACCAAUACAGGUAGAAAAAGGAAGCCCCCCAUUAACAUCGGGUUAAUGGUAGAGCCAAUGUUUUUAACUGGUGGUAUUUUUUUAAACUCACCAAUAUAAGUAUUUUUAAAGGUUCUAUUUUUCAAAGUCAUAACAAUGAUUGUUCUUGUUUUCUCUCAUAGAAUAGACGGCCAUGGGAUAAAGAGUGGUCCCUAGCUUCUAUUUUUCCAAGUAAAUAAGUAGAACAUGUUCUUGGGAUUAUACCAUUAAAUGUUAAUUUUCUUAAAGAAGAAAGAUUGUUGUCUGCCAGGAUUUUAUGUUAGCACUCGGAUUGAGGCAGAAAACGGAAGCACCAAGUUGAACACUGGGAUGGCGCGGGUUGUGUUCCUGGAGGUUUGAAGUGGGCCUUCCUGCCUUUUGAGGGGAAAACUGACUGUUUUGAAUAUAUCCUGGAUUAGUUGGGUUGUUUUGUAUUGAGGAUCCCUGGAAGACAAGAGAGUCUUGGAAAGGGCUGCUGGCUUCGUCAUGAACGUUCGUCCCAUCAUCAGUGUGAGUCCGCGAGGAAGUUUUCCUCUUUGGGGUUCAAUCUCUAAUUCUCCUGUCUGUUAUUAGUUUGUUCUGAGUUAUUUUGGAUUUUGUUCUUUAGCCAAAUAAAGGCAAUGUGGUUUUACCUCA